AUGGAUCCCGAGUCAAAUGCGCCCCUGGAGCGAUCGACGUCACAGCUCUCUGCAGCCUCAUCCUCGGCAAGGGUGUCCCGAAGCCACUCGACGCGCGCAAAGUCUAAGCCAAGGAAGCUGAUCUCACAGCCCUCAAGUUCGGCCUCAUCCAUUGCCGCGUCUGACAAGUCUCUCACCUCCUUCCCCUCAUUCUCACCUCAGUCACCCUGCGACGAACCGUCCUUCACCACCGCCGAAUCCAAUCCUUCCGCUGUAAAUGUCGACGCGACGCCCUCCGUAGCUCCGAUUAAGACAUCCAUCGUUGAAAGUUUAACCUCAUCCGCGGUUCAGAAGACUGCACGGGAUGCGCUGUUUGACGAUGCUCCCAUAACAACAUAUAAGAUACCCGGUGCUCUUCAUCAUGCCAGCGACGACCAUAUAAAACAUCUAAUUGCGAAACAUGGAGCUAUCAACCUUGUGCGCCAGGUCGCCGAGGACCUUGCACACCGCGACAUGGAAAUCUCUCGGUUGAGGAGGAGAGCGGAUGAAAGAGAACGAGCGCUUAAAAGAAUAAUACGUGGGUGUGGCUUGUCAAGCUUAGACCUCGAAACGAAGCUCCGGUCUGUGGAGGCGGAGCUUCAGGCACAGGACAAGAUCAAAUACGCCACCAAUGGGGAUGUUUCUGGCAUGAUGAGCGAUGCGAUGCGCGACUCAAUGUCCCACAAGGCAAUGGGUAUAAACGACAUAGACGACAGCACGGUCAGAGCCAGCACCCUAUCUGCUUCUAGGGACACCAAUACGGUUGGCAAAGGCACGAUGAAAGCAUGGAAGGAAUAUCUAUGGGGUGUCGGAAGUAGAAAGGCUAGUAGGGCAGCUAGUAUUAACGAAGAGGGCGCAAAGACCGCCAUUCGUGCCUCAACCCCAGGAGAUCGUCGCCCCCCUAUCCAAGAAGACCUCUUCACUCCGCCAGAUGCCGAGUCUGCGCAAAGCUCAAGCCGUGCCUCCAGCAUCUACUCUGCGCAGACGAACAGAAAACCUUCGUCAUCUUUCACUAGUAUGGCCUUACAACUAGUAGCUGGGAAAGGCUCUUCGAUCCGCGAUUCUGAAUCUACUCGAGGAAGAUCAAAUUCGGCGGGCCAAGGCGGUUCGAUGAGAUCAUUAUCCAAUGCUAGCACGAGGACAGGUGCCUCUGGUAGAGCCGUGUCUACACAAGGGGGGCCUAAAGCGCUAAUGUCAAUGCGACGGGCUACUCCUAAACCCGUGAAUAUACAGUUUUCACGGCCACGCGAAAGGUGGGAUAGCGUAGGCGCAAACACUGAAAGUCCAACUACAGCGAGAUCGGAUAAUUUUGGCCCUGUCGAGAUGGAUACUAUAUUCUCUCCCGAAGGCCAGCCGCCGGCUUUAUCGCAGCUGUAUAAUAAUUACAACGACGGCGAGUAUUUAAUUGACCGCUUCGGCUUUAUUUACGACCAACGCCGGAAGAAGAGACAGCGAGAAGCCACCAAAGUUGCUUCGCAAAUGAAGAAUGGACAUGAAAUGCUUUCUAGCGGACGAUCUAAUCUCUCACCGAACUUGUUUGAUGACGACACAAGUUCUAGCUGUGAUACCAGGAGUGAUGAUCGUCCGGAAAGUCCUACUUCCAUUGAGGGCCCCGUUGACCAGGGCAAGGGGAAAAGAUGGCAAGAUUAUCUCAAGAUUGCUACUUUUCCUACGGAACUGCUGUCACAUACUCCAUCUAUAACAGCUCCAAACAUAGAGGUGCUUGAAGGAAAUGGCUCGAAAUCCCCAGCACUAAUCAGCUCAGAUGACCGCGGGUUUGUCCCGCCUGCAACCACCACUACUGCGGCUCUAGAUAGAGAAGCAAGCCCGGCAAAAUCAGAGGAAGGAUCGCCUACAGCUACAUUGGUCCAUGAAGACGUUGAGCCGGUUAAGCUUUUAUUAAAACAACUAAGUGAUGUGCAUGAUACCCUGCAGAGAGAAAAGUCGGUGCGUUGGAACGAGUUUCUGAGAAAAGUACGCGCUGAGCGCCGACGCGAGGAUGAGGCUGCGGCUGCUACUGCUGCCGCAGCAGCUGAAGCCCGUUUCCAGACAGCUCCUGUCAUAAUUCCUGAAGCCAAACUUAACGACGGCGAGACUAUUGGUAUCGCGGAUCUUGGAAUGAAGGGAAAGGUCGGCCGGGCUAAAUGGAAUGAGUUCAGGAAUCUAGUGCUUAGCGGCAUCCCCGUAGCAAACCGCCCUAAGAUCUGGGCAGAAUGUUCUGGUGCCCUUUCUAGACGAACCCCUGGGUACUAUGGAGAUCUGAUCUCCCGAACCAGCGAGCUUGAUGAUGCUGUUGUUAUCUCACAAAUCGAAAUGGACAUCAACCGUACGCUUACGGACAACAUAUUCUUCCGCAAGGGACCCGGUGUCGCUAAACUCAACGAAGUUCUCCGAGCGUAUGCCAGACAUAACCCAGAAGUCGGGUACUGUCAAGGCAUGAAUCUGAUUGCUGCGAACUUACUGCUCAUCAUGCCAUCGGCUGAGGAUGCUUUCUGGGUCUUCGUAUCGAUCAUUGAGCGUAUCUUGCCGCAGGGAUACUAUGACCAUAGUUUAAUGGCUUCCCGCGCAGAUCAACACGUUCUACGCCAAUAUGUGAGCCAAAUCUUGCCAAAACUAUCGCAACACCUCGACGCGCUAAGCAUCGAGCUAGAGGCCUUGACUUUCCAGUGGUUCCUCAGCGUCUUCACUGAUUGUCUAUCAGCCGAAGCGCUAUUCCGCGUGUGGGACGUGGUAUUAUGUAUCAAUGAUGGCAGCACGUUUCUGUUUCAAGUCGCGCUGGCGCUAUUAAAACUAAACGAGCGGCAAUUGCUACAAUGCGACACGCCGGCUGCGAUCUACACAUAUAUCAACCACCAGAUGACCAACCAUGCCAUCAGCAUCGACGGCCUAAUCCAGGCCUCCGAGGGCUUGCGUCGCGUUGUCCGCCGUGAGGAUGUUGAGGAACGACGUAAUAAGGCUAUCGAAGCUGAUAAGCAAAUGGCCCGGGAACGCGAGGAGCGCAAUGCGAAACGUCGCGCCGAGCAGAAUUCGCAAAAAAGCAUGUCGGUACCUGCACUCAUCACCGAGGCCAGCGUUUCCGCAGUCCCGAGUCCCGCUUUGCGAGCCGAGAGCGAAAGUAAUAAUGUUACUGGACUGAAUAUCUUGGACGCAGCUGUGGAAGACGCAGAAAGAGGUACCGGUUUAGCUCGGACACCGGCGGAGGAAGAAACAUCAUUCGGACUCGGAUGA